AGAAUACAAUGAAUACUGUAUGUAGCGUUGAAUGGAGAAUUCUUGAAAUUCCGGUAGAAAGCAGUAAGGCUCGUCGUAAUACUGGCAUAAAUACAAUUGUUGAUAAGGUUUUAGAAGCAAAGUGCGCGGAUGGACUUGCCCGUCUCUGGCAGAGCCAUGAGGAAGUGUUCUUGUAUGAACAGACCGGAUCACCAAAUUUCGACGAUAUUACUCAAUUUCAUAUUCACGAUUAUAAAUUGAUCAGAACAAUGCGAGAUGUGUUGAACCAGCGAAUAAUCUUUCGCCUUAAAAAUGGAAUAUGUGAUCACAAAGACCUCGCAUGCUUCAGUGCUUUUGGUAACCGUUUUGAAGUAUCGUUAUUUUGGUUGACAAUACACCAGAAGUCGUAUUGUCUCCGAGAAUAUGGAACUUUCAAUAUCCCGUCAACUUGGCAAGAGCUUCCCGUGCUAUCCGAAGCAAUUAUAACAUGUCUCAAAUUUUUUUCCUUUAUGAAAGAAAAUAUUGAAGUAAGAAAUUCGUAUGUUGGACAAAACCAAAAAUUGUUAGCAAAGCGAAGAGUACACUCAGUAAAGCAAAACCAGUCAUCACCGA